AUGGUCAGUCGUCGUCGCCAGAGGCUCCAGCGCCGCUGUACAGUACCUGGUCUCGCUUCUGGCGCAUCGUUCGCCUCUGGGCCUGCUGCCUCCCAUCGCUCCUCAGAAGCUGGACCAGGUCGUCCUGAGGCAGUUGGGUGUUGGUUGACAAGACAUGGUGAUAUACAAUGGAAUGAAAGGUGCAACAGGUGGUCAUUCACAGCAGCAGAGAGCGCCCUGCACAAUCUGCAAUUGUGCGGCGCAACUGUCAUGGCACUUUCUGAGUGCGCAAUGGCUCAAAGGUACAUCAGCGUCACCCGUCUCCUUGUACAAACCAGCACCCAAUCACCCUCCUCACCUGGGUGA